CAAGAAUCCAGACCAGUUGGUAUAUUCAGUUCUCGAGGACAAGUCACACGCUUUGCUUUCUUCUUUCUGAACAGAGCAUAAAGUUCCGACUUUACUCUGAGAUCUCUCCGCCUGUUUUUGAACUUUUGGAAGAAACAAACUAGAGAACAAUCAUGGCAGGAGUUCCAGUUGAUUACUACGCAGCACUAGGAGUCUCCUCCACAGCAACAACGCAGCAGAUUCGAGAUGCCUAUAAACGAGCAGCCCUCAAAACCCAUCCCGACCGCGUCCCCUCCGAUUCCCCAGAACGCGCCGAACGAACCCGCAAAUUCCAACUCAUAAACGACGCCUACUUCACGCUCUCCGACGCCGCCCGCCGCCGAGACUACGACUCCGCACGCACCUACCACGGCUUCGGCAGCGGCGCCUCCACCGCCUCAACAGCCUACAACUCCGACCAAGACGGCGACGAAGACAUCCCAGACCCAGGUCCUUCCCCACCUGGCGGCUUCCCUUGGUCGAGCUUCGGCUUUAGCGGAAAGGCAAAGAAUCAGGAAGAGGAGCAGAGUUUCCAGAACGAGCAGUUUGGCGACGUGUUUGAGGAGAUGUUGAGGGAAGAGGGCAUGGCGGAGCAGGGGGGCACGCCGACGGGGAAGUUCUGGAGUGUGGUGGGCGGACUUAGUGGGGGUGCGAUGGGGUUUAUUGUUGCGAACUUUCCGGGUAUGCUUGCGGGUGCUGUUGCAGGGAAUAGAUUGGGGGCUGUCAGGGAUGCGCGGGGGAAGAGUGUGUAUGCUGUUUUCCAGGAACUGCCGGCGAGUGAUAAGAGUCGUUUGUUGAGCCAGCUUGCUGCUAAGGUUUUCAGCCAUGCAGUGGGAUCAGGAUGAG